AGAACUCUCUUGCAGCGUUUUGAUUGGAACACACAUCCUCAACCCGGAAUAAGCACUCCCUACUCCCCGAAGAUGGCCGGGGUGUUUGAGGUGGAGGUUGAUGGUGUAGAACACGAUCAUGGACUGGGACAUCACGAUGAACCAAAUCAGAUUGACUUGUCCCAGCUUUCACCAGAGGAGAAGUGGAGGGUGGAGCAUGCCAGGAUGCAUGCCAAACACAAGGGGCACGAGGCCAUGCAUGCAGAGAUGGUGCUGAUUCUGAUUGUCACCCUGGUUGUCGCCCAGCUGGUCCUUGUCCAAUGGAAACAGAGGCACCCCAAGUCCUACAACCUGGUGACCCUGUUCCAGAUGUGGGUGGUCCCUCUCUACUUCACCACCAAACUUCAUUGGUGGAGGUUCCUGGUAACGUGGUUCGUCUUCUCCGUGGUCACAGCUUUCGUUUCCUUCCGGGCCACACGCAAGCCCCUGGACUGCACCACUCCAAGGCUUGUCUACAAGUGGUUCCUCCUCCUGUACAAGAUCAGCUAUGCCACUGGGAUAGUUGGCUACACCGUCGUCAUGUUUACACUUUUUGGUCUCAACUUGAUAUUUAGAAUAAAGCCGGAAGAUGCCAUGGACUUCGGUGUUUCUUUACUGUUCUACGGUCUGUACUACGGGGUGCUGGGCAGGGACUUUGCAGAAAUGUGUGCGGACUUCAUGGCCUCCACAGUCGGAUACUACAGUGCGUCCGGCAUGCCCACCAAACAUCUCUCAGACAGCAUCUGUGCUGUGUGUGGCCAGCCCAUCCUUGUCGAUGUUAGCGAAGAGGGAAUUAUCGAGAACACCUACAGACUAUCUUGCAACCAUGUAUUUCAUGAGUUCUGCAUACGAGGAUGGUGCAUCGUCGGAAAGAAGCAGACCUGUCCGUACUGCAAGGAGAAGGUGGACCUCAAGAGGAUGUUCAGCAACCCCUGGGAGAGGCCACAUGUCAUGUAUGGUCAACUUCUGGACUGGCUACGCUACCUUGUCGCAUGGCAACCGGUCAUCAUUGGACUUGUGCAAGGCAUCAACUACAUUUUGGGCUUGGAGUGACCUGGUGCUGUGAAGGUCAAGGACACACAAGCCCCCUGAUGAAGAGACUGCACCAGCCUGGAAAACAGGGGGACCCCGCCCCCACAAUGGACUAAUUAACCUGUAUAAACAGUGUCUAAACGUGUACUUUUUGUAUAUAUUUAUAGGCACAUUGUAUUGGUAUUUAAGAUUAAUUUGAAUUUUACUAGUGAUAUGGGUUUGUAUGUCAAAUUUAAUGUUUUCUUUACUUUCCUCUGUUUUCUCAUCACAAAUCAUAACUAAAGCAUUUGCAUUGUUAAUGAAAUGGCCUAGUAAAGCGGUUGAUUGCGUUGCUUGUCUCAGACUCUUGUCUUAAAGUGUUAUAUUGGGUACGAGGGGUAAAUGGCCCAGGUAAGGGCUUGGACCACUAUCGAGGGCCAGUCAAACUAGUUUUUUUUUGUUGUGUUAAAUCUUACAACCAUGUGGUAGGGGUCUCCUGGUGUGCAGUGGCUGGUGGGUUGAGGGGUUGUGGUGCCUGUCUCCCCCCCCCCUCCCCAGGGGGUCCUCAGCCCCCCUGCUCUCCAUGGGUGGUUCUCCAGGUGCUGUAGUAGGCUGAAAGGCAGAUAACAUUUCACCGUUGGUUUUGUCUGUUCAUUGCUAUGUUUUGUUUUCUUGACUGUUUAUAAUAAAAGCCACAGUCAUGACCAA